AUGUCUUUUGAGAAUCGUGUACAGAAAGCUCUUGUUAUAGAGUCACCCAAGACACCUUUCGUCUUGAAGACUGUGCCAAUCCCGAAGCCUGGUCCUGGCGAAGUUCUCGUCAAGAUCAUAGCAUCCGGACUGAACCCAGCUGAUUGGGUCAUACAGACUCGCGAUUACUUCGCUCCACAUACUCCUUACCCAGCGAUUAUCGGAUUCGACAUUGCAGGCGACGUCGAGGAAGUCGGUCCAGGUGUGAAAGAAAUUUCUAAAGGAGAUCGAGUAUUCCUCGAACCAAAGAUGAGCUCUAACGAUCACGCUGCUUUUCAGCAAUAUGCUCUUGCUCCGGUCGAAUUUUUGGGAAAGAUUCCUAAAAACCUAAACUACUCACAAGCAGCUUCGGUUUCGCUCACGUUCACUACUGCUGUAUAUGGGUUACUCCCCGCACACCCGAUUGGUAUGGGCCUCAAUCCAACCUUCGACGACACAGUCAGCUACCCCGAGGAAGCUGCCCUUGUCAUUGGAGGUUCCACUUCCGUUGGCCAAUAUGCCAUUCAAAUCCUGAAAUAUCUUGGCUUUGGGGCAAUCAUUGCCUACGCUUCUGUAAAACAUACAGAAUUCCUUAAAUCCCUCGGUGCGACACACGUCAUCGAUCGCAACCAAAUCUCUUUUGCAGACCUCCCCGCUGCUUUGCCAAAAGUCUAUGUCCAACCCAUCAAAGUUAUCUACUCUGCUGUGACUUUGCCGGAGGCUCAGAACGCUGCAUAUGCAUGUCUUGCUAAUGAUGGAAAGCUUGCUGUCGCAACUCCUCAAUUAGCUCUGAAAGAAGACGCGGAGACAACCGGGAAGAAGCUUUAUGGUGUGUUUGGAUCUCCGUAUACACCUGCGAACAGGGAGUUUGGCCUCGUAUUGUGGAGGCAUCUUCCAAGAUUGUUGGAGAGUGGCGUUUUCGUGCCUAAUCGGAUCGAAGAACUUCCCAACGGAUUAUCGGGAAUUGUGGAUGGGCUGAAGAAAUUAGAGAAGGGUGAGGUCAGCGGAGUAAAGCUCAUUGCAUUUCCCCAAAACACCACUGCUUAA